CGAGUUUCCGUGCGUUACCAAACACAGCACAUUCCUGGGAAUGAUUCCGGGAUUCCGUGAACCGAUAGCAAAUUGGAUUGUAGACGACACACAAUCCCACUGUUUGGUUGCUCGGAAAAGCUAAAUCCCGACAUGGAAAAGCUAUCACCGGAUACCUCACCUGCCUCACAAGACCACAAGCAUUGGAUCGAGGCUCAAGAUAUGCUUAAGCGAAGAUUGAUCACAGAGGAUGAUUUCACAUGGAAAUUGCCAACAACAACAUCCGCAGAGGAAGAGGUGGAGAUGUUGAGGUAUGUGGGUGGGGUCGACAUGAGCUUCUCGAAGGAGGACCCAUCAGUUGCUUGUGGGACACUUGUGGUAUUGGACACUCAGAAUCUCCAAGUUGUCUAUGAGGAUUACUCUCUGGUCACCCUUGAUGUCCCUUAUGUUCCUGGUUUCCUUGCCUUCAGAGAGGCUCCGAUUCUUCUAGAGCUUUUGCAGAGAAUGAAGAAAAGCGAUGCUAGUGUUUUCUACCCACAGUUGUUAAUGGUUGAUGGAAAUGGAAUACUUCAUCCUCGAGGUUUUGGCUUGGCUUGCCAUCUAGGUGUUUUGGCUGACCUCCCUACAAUUGGAAUUGGAAAGAAUCUGCAUCAUGUGGAUGGUCUGUCUUAUUCUGGAGUGAGACAACUUCUUGAAGCCAACAAAAACUAUUCCAAAGAUUUUAUUACCUUGACUGGAUGCUCUGGGCACGUAUGGGGAGUGGCAAUGAGAUCUACGCAGGGUGCCUUGAAGCCUAUAUUUGUUUCAGUUGGUCAUCGUGUAUCACUUGAUACUGCCAUCAGAAUUGUUAAAAUGACUUGCAAGUAUCGUGUGCCAGAGCCUAUCCGGCAGGCUGAUAUUAGGUCAAGGGAAUACCUGCGGCAGCGUCAAAUGGGAAUGUCAGAGUGAUGCAACUUCAUGGAUCUGGGAAUGUAGUUGGUGAGAUCGAGUAUGUAUUGUACAUGAAUGAUAGUUGGAGUUGGUGGCUCUUUAGGGAUCCCUCAUCUAGUAUCCCUCAGAAAGAAGAUUAAGUUGGCCCUUGCGAACAACUUGAUGCACUAUCUCCCUUCAACCCUUUGAAUGAUUGAACUUUUUGCAGAGAAACAUGGAGAUCAAAUAGAGCAUUGGGGUAAAUGUAAUUUUGAAUCCCUUAUUUUAUUUUAUUCUUUUCAGUUUCUCUGUUGAUAGUCUGGUGGAGUCAGAAUAGUUUGUGAGUUUGCCCUUUGGUGGGGUUGUAAAUGAUGUAUGUAUUAGUCAGCUUAUCAGUGUCAAACGAUUCUGGAAUAUUUUCCAUGUAUGGUUUCUGUCAAUUUAACAGUCAUUGGGUUUAUUUUCUGACAACAAAAUUGAA